AUGACGGCCGCCGACAGCACCUCGCCCGGCAACACCAGCAGCAGCGGCGAGGACAGCGACUGCCACAACGACGACACCCCCCCGGACGGCGGGGCGCCGGCCUGGUUGUGCGUGCUGGGCGCCUGGUGCGCUUCCUUUGUCAGCUAUGGCUGGAUCAACUCCAUCGGCACCUGGCAGGAGUACUACCAGAACGGGCCCCUUAAAGCCUACUCGCCCAGCCAGAUCUCGUGGAUCACCUCGCUGCAGGUCUUCUUCAUCUCCUUCCUCGGCCCCGUCAUUGGCCAGGUCUACGACCGCGGCGGGAUGCGCUACCUCAUCCGCGUCGGCUCCUUCAUGCACGUCUUCGGGCUCAUGAUGGCCUCGCUGUCAACCGAGUACUACCAGAUCCUCCUCUCCCAGGGCGUGUGCAGCUCCAUCGGCGUCGCCAUGGUCUUCGUCUGCGCCUUCAGCACCAUAAGCGACUGGUUCCUCAAGCGGCGCGGCUUGGCCUUUGGCGUGCUCGCCACGGGGUCGAGUCUCGGCGGCGUCAUCUUCCCCAUCAUGACGUCGAACCUGAUCAAGACGGUCGGCUACGGCUGGACGAUGCGUAUCGACGCGUUCCUCAUCAUGGCCCUGCUCGUCGUGUCGAAUCUCACCGUGCGCUCGCGCCGUGCGCCCAGGCCGGUCAAGCUCAAUCGCGAGUCCCUCGCCAGGCCAUUCACCGAGCUCACGUUCAAUCUGCUCGUGCUGGGGCUGUUCCUGAUGCCGUUCGGCAUGUACGUGCCCAUCACGUACCUCCCCGUCGCGGCGCAGGGCGAGGGGUACGUCUCGUCGGCGAUGGCCAUCAAUCUCGUGGCUUUCUACAACGCAGCUAGCCUCUUCGGCCGCCUCGGCUCCGGCUGGCUCUCUGACCGCUACGGCAAGUACAACAUCUACAUCAUCUGCGGAUACCUCUCGGGCAUCCUCGUGCUCGCGUUGUGGAUCCCCGCGCGCACCGAGGCCGCGGCCAUCGCGUUCGCGCUGCUCUUCGGCCUCGCCUCGGGCGCGUACAUCUCCCUCAUGGGCGCGCUGGUCCCUUGCAUCAGCCCCAUGGAGGAGAUCGGGUACCGCAACGGCAUCACGUUCCUGAGCUCGGCCAUCGGCGGGCUCAUCACGAGCCCGAUCGCGGGCGUGAUCCUGGUGACGCCCGCGAGGUGGACGGGGCUGAAGCUGUUCGCGGGCGCGUUCCUGCUGGCGGGGACGACGGGGGUUGUGUUUGCGAGGGUCUCGAGGACGGGGUUGAAGCUGAAUGCGAUUUUCUAA